AAAGAAAGACUUGAGUGGAGUCAACACCCAUCACUUGCAUUUCAUAUUUAGCAAUUGAAGCCUCUGUUCUUAGUUGGAAGAAUCAGAAAAAAUGGCGAACGUAGCAGUAGAAUUUCUCGUUGAGAACUUGAUGCAGCUGCUGCGGGACAACGCAGAGCUAAUUAGUGGAGUUAAAGAGGCUGCUGAGAGUCUACUUCAAGAUCUAAAUGAUUUCAACGCCUUUCUUAAGCAAGCUGCCAAGUGCCACAUCAACGAGAACGAAGUUCUGAGAGAACUCGUCAAGAAAAUCAGAACAGUGGUUAACUCUGCUGAAGAUGCUAUUGAUAAAUUUGUGAUUGAAGCUAAGCUACACAAGGAUAAGGGUAUGACCAGAGUAUUAGACCUUCCCCAUUAUAAAAGAGUCAGGGAGGUAGCUGGUGAGAUCAAAGCUAUACGAAACAAAGUCAAAGAGAUCCGACAGAAUGAUGCCAUUGGACUUCAGGCCCUUCAAGAUGAUGAUUCAUCUGCCAGAGGUUUUGAAGAAAGAAAGCCUCCAGUGGUAGAGGAAGAUGAUGUGGUUGGAUUUGACGAAGAAGCAGAUCUUGUAAUCAAACGCCUUCUUGGAGAAUCAAAUCGUCUAGAAGUUGUUCCAGUUGUUGGUAUGCCUGGUCUCGGCAAAACGACCCUAGCAAAUAAAAUAUACAAGCAUCCUAAAAUCGGGUAUGAAUUUUUUACUCGUAUUUGGGUUUAUGUAUCUCAAUCAUACAGGAGAAGAGAAUUAUUUCUCAACAUCAUCAGCAAAUUCACUCGAAAUAUGAAACAAUAUCAUGGGAUGUGUGAGGAGGAUUUGGCUGAUGAAAUACAAGAAUUCUUGGGAAAGGGAGGAAAAUACUUGGUUGUCUUGGAUGAUGUAUGGUCGGAUGAAGCUUGGGAACGUAUCAAGAUAGCUUUCCCAAAUAACAACAAACCGAAUCGAGUAUUGUUGACCACUCGAGAUUCCAAAGUGGCUAAACAAUGCACUCCCAUACCUCAUGAUUUAAAAUUUCUGAGUGAAGAUGAAAGUUGGAUAUUACUGGAGAAGAAGGUUUUUCACAAGGAUAAAUGUCCUCCUGAAUUGGUGGUACCAUCUGGAAAGAGCAUAGCAAAAAAAUGUAAGGGACUACCCCUUGCGAUUGUUGUUAUCGCAGGAGCACUAAUAGGGAAAGGCAAGACACCAAGAGAGUGGAAACAAGUGGAUGAUAGUGUGAGUGAACACCUCAUAAAUAGAGACCACCCUGAGAAUUGUAACAAACUGGUGCAAAUGAGUUAUGAUCGUUUACCUUAUGACUUGAAAGCGUGCUUUUUAUAUUGUAGUGCAUUUCCCGGAGGCUUUCAAAUCCCUGCUUGGAAGUUAAUCCGUUUGUGGAUUGCAGAAGGUUUCAUUCAGUAUAAAGGCCACUUAUCUCUUGAGUGUAAAGGAGAGGACAACUUGAAUGAUCUCAUCAACAGGAAUCUAGUGAUGGUAAUGGAAAGAACGUCUGAUGGUCAAAUCAAAACAUGUCGUCUUCAUGACAUGUUGCACAUGUUUUGCAGGCAAGAAGCUAUGAAGGAAGAAAAUCUUUUCCAAGAAAUAAAGCUAGGAUCUGAGCAAUAUUUUCCUGGAAAACGAGAACUAUCCACGUACCGUCGCUUAUGCAUUCAUUCCUCAGUUUUAGAUUUUAUCUCUACGAAACCUUCAGCUGAACAUGUGAGGUCAUUCUUAUCUUUUUCUUCAAAAAAGAUUGAGAUGCCAUCUGCUGACAUCCCAACCAUACCAAAAGGCUUUCCGUUGCUAAGAGUUUUGGAUGUAGAAUCCAUCAACUUCAGUCGCUUUUCCAAGGAGUUUUACCAGUUAUAUCAUUUGAGGUAUGUUGCUUUUUCAUCUGACUCAAUCAAGAUUCUUCCUAAACUCAUGGGAGAACUUUGGAACAUCCAAACCAUCAUAAUUAACACGCAACAACGCACUCUUGAUAUUCAAGCAAAUAUAUGGAAUAUGGAACGACUAAGGCAUCUGCACACUAACUCUUCUGCUAAAUUGCCUGUCCCUGUUGCUCCAAAAAAUAGUAAAGUUACAUUGGUAAAUCAAAGCCUGCAAACUCUCUCCACAAUAGCUCCCGAAAGCUGCACUGAAGAAGUGUUUGCAAGGACUCCAAACCUGAAAAAGCUGGGCAUCCGUGGGAAAAUAGCUGUGCUUCUUGAUAAUAAGUCUGCUGCGUCGUUAAAAAAUGUGAAGAGGCUAGAAUACCUUGAAAACUUGAAGCUGAUAAAUGAUAGUAGCAUUCAAACAGGAAAGUUACGCCUUCCACCUGCAUACAUAUUUCCAACAAAGUUGAGGAAGCUGACUUUAUUAGACACCUGGUUGGAGUGGAAAGAUAUGUCUAUAUUGGGUCAGUUGGAACACCUUGAAGUCCUGAAGAUGAAAGAAAAUGGGUUUACGGGAGAGUCCUGGGAGUCUACUGGUGGUUUUUGUUCCCUACUGGUGUUGUGGAUUGAAAGGACAAACUUAGUUACUUGGAAAGCAUCAGCUGAUGACUUUCCAAGACUUAAGCAUCUUGUUCUCAUCUGCUGUGAUAACCUUAAGGAAGUCCCCAUCGCCCUAGCUGAUAUACGCAGUUUCCAAGUCAUGAUGUUGCAAAAUUCCACCAAAACAGCAGCAAUAUCUGCACGUCAAAUACAAGACAAAAAAGACAAUCAAAUUCAACAAGGGACUAAAAACAUUGCCUUCAAGCUUUCCAUAUUCCCUCCUGAUCUCUGAUUGUGUGCACUCCUCCUUCACAGGUCCUCAAUGAAUCACACUGCAUGAGGGCUGGUACCCUAGCUUGGAUAAAGAAAGAGCCUCUAUCUAUCAAUUGUUUUCAUAAUUCUUGAGUGGAUGUCCGUCUUUCAUGGUUGUUGUCAUCUUGAUUGUGGCCAUAGCUUGUAUGUUCUUCAUUUUGUGGUAUGUUAAUCUGUAAGAACAAUGUAUUUUG